AUGCCACCAAGUACAGUUACAGAAAAUUACCAACAAAUUGAUUACUCACAAAAUCCUAGCCUAUCGCGUCUUGAAGCUUCGGUGCUAACGGAGUAUCAGAAUAUAAAUAAAAAGCUAAUUAAAAUAAAUGCCGAAUUAAAAUCGCUAUCAUCGACGGAUGAUCCAAACAAUAAGAGCGGGAUAAUGACAAAAAACUUGAGAGAGUUGGAAAUGAAACUUCCGCUCAUAUACACUCUUUUCAAGAGUUCUGUGUAUGGUUUAUAUACUAGAGAAGAUGACGCGAAUGCCGAAUUUGCAGAAGGAACCAUUGAGGAGGCAGAAGAAGGAAUUGGAAGUGAAGGUGAAGGAGUAGAUGGACAAGAUGGUCAAGGUGGACAUGAUCGGGAACAUGAAAACAAUAGUAACGAGUCUUUUGAAAAAGAAGGGAAAAACGCUAAUGAACUACUGAGUAUAUCAGAUGCCGAAGGACUUGACGGAUUGUCAUAA